AUGCUUCAAAAUAUCGAUCUUACAGAUCAAAGCAAGCUUUAGAAUAUUCUGAUCAACCUGAUAUUAUUGAAGUCCUACUUGUGCGAGUUGAAAUAUGAUGUCCUCAUACCAAUAAAAAGAGUGAAUUUCUCUCGAUUCUUCAAGAGCCCUAAGAUUAUAAGCUAACUGAUAAACUUUGGAGUGAUAAUACUGCAAAUAAGAAAUGUAUUCAAAGUGUUGCUAGACAACUUUAAGUCAGAUAAAACCUAUGAAGUUCAUAAAUUCGUACCAGGAGCUGAGGAGAAUAUUGCAAAAAAAUGUAUUCAGAAAAUCUCAUAAUAGUGCUAUCUCAGAUCCCAAUUGAUCUAACAUUUUGAAGGCAAUCUAGAUGAAGAAGAAUUGCGCUUAAAGCUAAGGGUACAUGGCUUCGGUAUAAACGAAAUAGAUAAGAUUUUAGAGGAGAUGAUGGAUCAAGUUUAGACAUAAAUCUAAAAGAACUCAUUGGAUUAGAAUCAAUAAUUGAUUUCCUACAAGGAACUAGAACACAGUGCGAAUAUUCCUCUUAAAUAAAAAAAGCUAUCCUCAUUAAUUGAAGCUGACCUUCAUUAAAUCUAUGAAAUAAAGCAAAAUCUCAUGAAUGAUCAAUCACUAAUCGAUUCCUUUUACUAGCUUUUAUAUUUCGAUCAUGAAUUAGUUGAGACUCCAUUGAUCAAAUAAACACUCAAAGUCAUUAAUGUUUCUGAUUCAGAUCAUGACUUCUUGCUUUAAAAAAGUGAACUUACGCUGCAAGAGCUGUGCUAGCUUCUUUAGAUUAUAGAGAGCAAGAAGAAAACAUUAAGGAUAUAAUUUUACAAAUCAGAUGAUUAUAACUUCAAAGAAUCCAUGGCAUAUUUGGACAUUCAGAAUGAAAACUUGACAGUGCCAGUCAUCAUUGAUUCACAGAGUCUUGAAGAAAUAUAUGGUCUGUAAACAAGUAUAGCAGAUACUUAAUUUGAGAUUUCUAAGAGUAAUUAUGAUGCUUCAUUCUAGUACAAAUGCAUCGGAAUAAAAAAGCCCUCCUUUUACAAGAUAAAAAAGCAUAAACAUUUUCUAUUGAGUCAGGGAUUAAUGAUUACUCUCGCUGGAACGGUUAAUCUGUAUGUAAAAGAAUGUUUAUCGAAAAAAUAAUCUAAGGGCAAGAUCCCCUGUAUUGAAGUAAUUUUGAUGAUAUAUGGCAACUAAUUACUAUCUAGAAAACUAGCUGAUAACUGCAGGCCUGUUAAGAUAGGUACCUAGGUAAAAGACUCCUACGAUAUUUUUGUUUAGAAAGAAUUGCUACAACCAUCUCACUAAAGGGUGUCUAGAGUUCAUUGUGAGAUUGGGUAGAAUGAGUAGGGUUAUUGGUAUGUUAAGGACUUAGGUUCCACUUUUGGAACCUUCAUCUCUUGCUAGUCAUGCGAAGUUUAUGAUAUGAGAUAGCAGCUGCUUGAGAUACAAAAGAAAUAAAAUGAUACAAAUUAGCCCAUUCCUCCUAAGGAUUUCUUAAAUAAAUAUGAUAGCACUAGGAGCUUUAGCUCCGAUUAUAGUGCUUCUACUAUAUGUGAUGAUGAUGCUGACCAUAUAAAUGCUUAUAAAAAAGAUAUAUCUGAAAAGUAUUUGAGAAUUGACAAGAAAUAAAAAUUCCUUAUGUAAGAUAUAAGAGUUAAGAUGAUUGUAAUUUGA